AUGGAAGGGAGAGCACUUGCUACUGCUGUUGCGAGCGUCGUGGUGCUAUCCCAAGAUGCCUUUGAUGGUAAAUCCCGAUUUCAAGUCGAGGCUGGAAGAAGCUUGAAACAGACACUAACUAACCUGUUGAAUCUGUGGGCAAAGCCCUUCUUUGGAUUGACAUCCCAGGGAUCUUCUGGAGGACAAGGGAUGGAAACAUCAUCGUUUGUUCCAAAUUCUCUCGCCUCUCCAGCACUGAUGGUUUUGGCAUCCACUUCGGAUGGAAGUCAUGAGGCAGGUCGGCUAUCUGGCUCACACCAUUUCUCAGGACAAAAUAUAGACAAGGACCAUAAUAGCGGGGUGCCCUUCAGCACUUCUUCUUUUCUCUACCGUCCUGGGGAAGCUUUUCCUCCACCACUGUAUGCACCCCUACCUCCUUAUGUUCAGUCUAAUCACCUGGACAGGGGUGUGAGUAUCAUCAACAGUGGAGGAGGAAGUGCUUUUCGUCCUGUGGCCAGUUCUUCAGACUGUUCUGUUGUUGAUGAAUAUCAAUCGGCAUUUUUGCCAGCCAAGAAAAACAAACAAGAUGACUCUUCUGCUCUGAGCAAUUUGUAUAACCAUUGUAAUAACACAAAUGAGAGGUUGGUAGAUCAGACACCAUUUCCUCAAUCAAGGGAUGAGAAAAACCACAAUGCGACUGUCAAGGAGGAAAGGCCGUCCAGCCUUUGCUCUAGUUCAUAUAACAUAACAUUUACCAUUUCUCUCUCCCUCCAGAUAAAUAUUACAGUCUUCUCUUUUUUCCUUUUUAUCUAUAAUGCUGCUAGUUCACACGUGAUGCUUUUGUUAAAUCUAUUUCUCUCUCUAUUAUUCUUUUUAAAGAUUUUACUGACUGAUAUCCAAGAAUAA